AUGUCUUAUUACAGAAAGGAGCUACAGCAGGUGUUGUGCCGCUAUGUCACAGACACCCUCAUCUACAUCGACACUGUAAGAGGAUUCUGUGAGGACGUCUCUAAAUGGGGGCUCCACAGGGAGACCGAAUUAAACAUGAUGAUAGAUAUCAAAGAGAGGGUUGACACCAUCGACCUAAACUUCGACCAUGUGUCUAAGUCAGAGCAAAAAGGUAAGGCCUUUGGGGAAUAUUUGAAGAGCCAGCUGACCCAAGUGACCGCAGACAGCAAGCGUGCAAAGCUGCAGGAGGAGCUGGAUGCCGUGCUCAAGGACACUUUGGUUGGCCUGGCGAAGCUCGAAUACUUCCUGGUUGCAGUGGAGAAGUUGGCGGUCACUUCGCUCCAUGUGUUUACAGAGAACCAGGUUGUAUGUCUGCCCAAAGGGAUCACCCUCGAUUGUGUUCAGGUUGUCAUCACUGUGGCACGGCUAAUCUUCCCUCUCCUCCUCGAGUUUAAAAGAGACGCACAAGUCUUCUUCCUGCCCAGACUUGAGAAUGUGGAAGUGCUCUCGUAUGAGUUGGACAAGUACAUACGUACCACGCAGAGAAUCUGCGAGACGUUAGGAAAAAGUGUAACUGUCUUUCACAACUCCCUCAGUGACUUUCAUUUGAAAAUGACGACGGAAACUAUGGUGAACUUCGACGUGGAUCUGUCUGAAGAUGACAUGCAGAGGAUGCUUGAUCAUAUUAAUCAGCUGGAUGAGAUCAGGAUGAACAAGGACUUCAGGAUGGUGUUCUUGUUUCAAGAGGAAUCGUUUUGUGACUUCAUCAGUGUCUUCAGCAAGCAACAGGAGAGGAUGCUGGAGUUUCUCAACGACCUGGAGGAGGGGGCUGUUCAGCUUGUCAGGAUGAAUAAGGGGGCAAAGGUCUCCAGCAUGGUAGGCAGUUCGGUUGGGGCGGCUGGAGGUGUGCUCUCCAUUGUUGGCUUGGCGUUAAUUCCUUUUACGGCAGGGGUGUCUCUAGCUCUGACAAUGACGGGGAUAGGUAUGGGAAUCACCAGCGGAGUAAACAGCGCUGUCACCACCUUCACAGAGAUCGGAGUAAAUGCAACUCAAAAGAAAAAAGCCAGAGAGGUUUUCCAGAAAUUCACGGACGAUGUGCAGAGUCUCCAGGAAUGUCUGGACAAGGUGACCAGUCAAGUUGACACGGAAAUGGUAGAGAGUAUCAUCAAAGAGGCUCUGGGAGUUAUCAAGGGUCUUGGUAAAUUUGGUGCUAUUGCAAAAGGUAUUGAUGCAUUAGUUGAUGCCGCCUCUGCUGCUAAGUUGUUGAAAAACGAAGAGUUCAUUGCGGGUGUCGCCAAAGGGCCUCUCGCUCUUACCAAGGCAGCCAGGGGAGGUUUCAUAGGACUCAAUGCUCUCUUCCUCGGCAUGGAUAUCUUCUUCAUCAUUAAGGACGGCAUAAGUCUGGCAAAAGGCAGUGAGACCGCUUUCUCACAGUGGAUCAGGGCCAGAGCUACUCUGUGGAGCUCAGAGAUGGAUUCAUGGAAGGUGAUCCACGACUCCCUGUGUGAGGGCCAGGAGACGUCAGAGAAAAAAAAAGCUCUUCUGGAGACCCCAUUUUAUCCGGAGAUGGAUGUGAAGAAGCAAAUGCCUCAGUGUGUCAGACUGGACCACGAUCUUGACUGUGCCCCUCGUCAGAGACCUGAAGUGGCGGUUCACCUCCGCCCUAUAGUCCUCCACCAACAACUGCCCAUCCACCAGACUCCACAAACAGAACAGCAGACAACGCUGCCACACCAAUCCUGCCGAUGUUUGAGGGCGGUGGUUUCAGAGGAAAGGGCAGAGGCAGAAAGAAAGAAAGGACAUUGCGGGCGAGGGAGUGUCUGGAGGAACGGGGUGGAGCUGCUCAGUCAGAUUGGAGGAGGGGGGCCAGGAGAGAGCGGUGGGUAA